UGUAUUUGUCCAAGUGAUGGUGAUAGUAGCGUUUAUCAUGAUAGGAAGGGCAUCACUUGGGAUAUUGUGGCUAAUACCCUUUCUGAUCUACAAAUUACUCAGGAAACAUCUGUCAAUGGAUGCCAGAAUUGAAGAGUUCUUAAAUAACUACAGGAAUCACACGCCAAUGAGGUAUUCAUAUUGGGAAAUUUGGAAGAUGACCAGACGUUUCAAAGAAAAAUUAGGCCAAGGAGGCUUCGGCUCUGUAUACAAAGGAGUGCUUCCCAACGGCCAUCCGGUUGCAGUAAAGAUGUUGAGCAAGACUAAAGGGAAUGGGCAAGACUUCAUCAACGAAGUUGCUACUAUUGGAAGGAUUCAUCACAUUAAUGUUGUGCAACUAAUUGGGUUUUGCGCAGCAGGAUCUAAGAGGGCCCUUCUAUAUGAAUUCAUGCCUAAUGGAUCUCUGGAUAAGUAUAUAUUUGCUCAAGAUUCUAAAAGAAACAAUCUAAGCUGGGACAAGUUGUAUGAGAUUGCUAUAGGUAUUGCUCGUGGGAUUGAAUAUCUACAUCAAGGUUGUGAUAUGCGGAUUUUACACUUUGAUAUCAAGCCUCACAACAUUCUUCUUGAUGAGAACUUUACUCCAAAAGUUUCAGAUUUUGGGCUUGCAAAACUCUACCCAACCGAUGAUAGUAUUGUAUCUGUAACUGCUCUACGAGGGACAAUAGGGUACAUGGCUCCUGAACUAUUUUACAGAAAUUUAGGAGGAGUUUCGUAUAAGUCUGAUGUUUAUAGUUAUGGAAAGUUAUUGAUGGAAAUUGCUGGAAGAAGGAAAAACAUCAACUCACUUGUUGAUAACUCAAGCCAAAUUUACUUCCCAACAUGGAUAUAUGAUCGGUUGGAUCAAGAAGAAGACUUGGAUUUGGGGACUGAAACAGAGGAUGAAAAGGAUACAGUGAAGAAACUGAUUAUAGUUGCAUUAUGGUGCAUACAAAUGAAGCCUAACGAUCGUCCUUCAAUGAGCAAAGUCAUAGAAAUGCUAGAGGGCAGUGUGGAACUUCUGCAAAUGCCACCCAAGCCCUCCUUAACAUCUCUUGAUGAAGCUCAUGUAGCUAUCUCAGAUUCCGCACAUCAAACAAUUUCUUGGGAAUCAAAUGCCUCCUUCACGGACUCCAUUAUCUCAAAUGUGAAUGUAUAACAAUUUAUUGCAUGACACUUUUUUUUUUUUUUUUUAAAUCUCUUUAAUCUGUUUCCCCCUUUCCUCUAACAUAUAUGCUUUGUAUUUUAGUAGUUCUCUACUUGUAUGUUCAGCAGUUAAAUUGUUGGUUUUAAAUUUUAAAAAAUGACUAAAAAUGAGGGGCUUUAUUUUGCCA